AUGACACAAGAGAGUAUCCAUCUUUCGAAUGUACAAUACCAAACACUCUAUUGUAAUGUACUGGUACUCGACACCAAGUUGCACUUCCCAUUCGACAACCUCCGUGUAGACUGGGGAAAUGGACCAGUUUACAUUGCAACACUCAGGAAUCAACCAUACUGGGUCCAGUCUACCACCAACAACAGCUCAGUGUUUGGCAUUGUUUCCAAUGAAGUACAGGCUUCACCUAUGUUACCACUUCAUGGCAUCUUCCAAGAUCAUCGUUCAGAUUGUACGGAGUGGUUGUUUGUGUAUAAGAAGUGCGAUCCAUUGUUGGCAUACCUCGAAGAGCACAUCUCUUCAAUGACAAUCAAACAAUCAUUGGUCAUUAUCAAUAGUAUUGUAAAUGCUUUGAAAGAUCGGAAUGUUGAUGAUAACUCAAUCAAAAAGAUUAAGGUGAACCUGGAGUGCAUAUUUAUAGAUAUCGAAACCAAAGAGGUAUUCUUCUCUUUGGAGGAAAGAUGA